CCCCCUGCGCCGGACGCGCCGCGCCCCAGCGGCUCUAGAGACCCCCCGCGCCUGCACUGUCCCCGCGCGAACGAGUAGGGGGCGCCCGCGCCUUUGCCCCCCGUGCGCACCCCCGCCCCGCUCACCUUAGCCCCGCGCCCGAGGUUUUGGAAAUCUCUCGUCUCCAGGUUGCUGGGAUUGACUUCUUGCUCAAUUGAAUCGCUCACUCAAUGGAGACAAAGAGAACUAAUGCUUUGUGCUUAUUCAUAUUUGAAUCAAAGCAUUGGGGAGUCUGCAGGGGAGUCUGUAAGCUUCAUCUGUGGAAAUAACUAGUGACAGUCUCCAUCCACAAGCCUCCUAAAACUUCUGAAGAUAAGAAGUUAGAGAAAUACACACUUUCUUUUGAACAUUUCUAAGAAAUAUUUGCUCGAGUUUUGAAGCCCAGAGCUGCUGGAAGUGUGAGUGACAAGUCUUACAAGUGGCCUUAUUCCAACUCCAGAAAUUCCCCACUGGAACUUUGAGAUUCUUAUUUUAUAUACAAUCCUAAAGUGGCAGGAAACAUGCCAACUCAAUCCCUCUUAGUGUACAUGGAUGGACCAGAGGUUAUUGGCAACUCCCUUGGCACGCAGAUGGAGAUGGAUGAUGCCAUGUCAAUAAAAGGGACCACGGCUGUUCCUUUCAGAGCCACGCAGGAAAAAAAUAUAAUCCAAAUAGAAGGAUAUAUGCCCUUGGACUGCAUGUUCUGCAAUCAGACCUUCACGCAUUCAGAAGACCUUAAUAAACAUGUAUUACUGCAACAUCGGCCCACCCUCUGUGAACCUGCAGUUCUCCGUGUUGAAGCAGAGUAUCUUAGUCCUCUUGAUAAAUGUCAAAUGCAAACAGAAUCUCCAAAGGACAAGAAUUGCAAAGAAAAUGAAGACUUCAGCUGUGAAGUAUGUGGGCAGACAUUUAGAGUUGCUUUUGAUGUUGAGAUUCACAUGAAGAAACACAAGGACUCUUUCACUUAUGGGUGUAACAUGUGUGGAAGAAGAUUCAAGGAGCCAUGGUUUCUUAAAAAUCACAUGCGGACACACAAUGGCAAAUCGGGGGCCAGGAACAAACUGCAGCAGAGCUUGGACAGUCCCGUAACAAUCAAUGAGGUUGUGCAGGCACAUGCAGCCGAGAGCAUCUCAUCUCCCUACAAAAUCUGCAUGGUUUGUGGCUUCCUAUUUCCAAAUAAAGAAAGUCUAAUUGAGCACAGCAAGAUGCACACCAAAGAAGCUGCUUCUGGUACCAGCAGCACGCAGCCACUCUCUCGACAACAGGGCAUGCCAUCUCCGAGGGAAGAGUUCCUGCAGUUUUUAAACUUAAGACCAAAAUCUCAUCCUGAAACCGUGAAGAAGCCCGUCAAAUCGAUACCUCAGCUUGAUCCAUUCACCACCUAUCAGGCCUGGCAACUGGCCACCAAAGGCAAAGUUGCCAUUGCCCAAGAAGAAGUGAAGGAAUCUGGGCAAGAAGGGAGUACUGACAAUGAUGAUUCAUCUUCAGAGAAAGAAGAACUUGGAGAAAUUUGGAAUGCCGGUAAAAGCCAUUCGGAAAGUUCUGGCAAGUCCAAAACGAACAAAAGCAGUUGUCCAGGCCUCUCGCAAGAUAAAGAGAAGUCCAGACACUCCAACGGUGAAGUGCCUUCUGUGGAUGCGGAUGCCAAGUUAUCUAGUAACAAAGAGAAGCCGACACAUUGCUCUGAGUGUGGCAAAGCCUUCAGAACCUACCACCAGCUGGUCUUGCACUCACGUGUGCACAAGAAGGACAGGAGGACAGAUGCCGCAUCGCCAACCAUGUCCGUCGAUGGAAGGCAGCUUGGGACGUGCUCUCCAGACCUGACCACCCCUCUGGACGAAAGUGGAGCCAUGGAUCGAGGAGAAGGAGGUUCUGAAGAUGGGUCUGAGGAUGGGCUUCCUGAAGGGCUUCAUUUGGAUAAAACUGAUGAUGGAGGAAAAAUAAAGCAUCUUGCAUCUUCAAGAGAGUGUAGUUAUUGUGGAAAGUUUUUCCGUUCAAAUUAUUACCUCAAUAUUCAUCUCAGAACGCAUACAGGUGAAAAACCAUACAAAUGUGAAUUUUGUGACUAUGCUGCAGCCCAGAAGACAUCUCUGCGCUAUCACCUGGAGAGACAUCACAAGGAUAAACAGAUUGAUGUUGCUGCCGAAGUCAAGAAUGAUGGUAAAAAUCAGGAGACUGAAGAUGCACUAUUAACCGCUGACAGUGCACAUACCAAAAAUUUGAAAAGAUUUUUCGAUGGUGCCAAAGAUGUUACAGGCAGUCCACCUGCAAAGCAGCUGAAGGAGACGCCUUCUGUCUUUCAGAAUGUUCUGGGCAGCACUGUCCUCUUACCAGCACACAAAGAUACUCAGGAUUUCAAUAAAAAUGCAGCUGAUGAUGGUGCUGAUAAAGUGAGCAAAAAUCCCACCCCUGCUUACAUGGACAUGUUAAAAAAAAGAUCAGCGGUUGAACCUCAGGCAAAUAACCUCAUCUGUAAAGCAGAGGUGGACGUUGCUCCUCCUGCAGAUGGCAGUACCACCCACAGUGUCGAAGUUGGCCACAAAGAGAGGAACGUGGGGAUCGCAGCAGACUGCGCAUUCAAGCCAAGCGGGGACUGUCAAGAAAAACCUUUAAAUUUGUCCCUUGGGGCUAUUCACAGUUGCCCGGCAAUUUCUUUGAGUAAAAGUUUAAUUCCAAGUAUCACCUGCCCAUUCUGCACCUUCAAGACUUUUUAUCCAGAAGUUUUAAUGAUGCACCAGAGACUGGAGCAUAAAUACAAUCCUGACAUUCAUAAAAACUGUAGAAACAAAUCUUUGCUUAGAAGCAGACGUACCGGAUGCCCACCAGCUUUACUGGGAAAAGACGUGGCUCCCCUGCCUAGUUUCCAUAAACCCAAGCCCAAGUCUGCUUUCCCAGUGCAGUCCAAGUCCCUGCCACCUGAGAAAGCUAAGCAGAGCCCCCCAGGGCCAGGCAAAGCCCCUCUGACUUCAGGGAUAGAUUCCAGCACUUUAGCCCCAAGUAACCUGAAGUCACACAGGCCACAGCAGAGCGUCGGGGGCCAAGGGCUGACCACCACUAGACAGCAGCAGUCUGAGAUGUUUUCUAAAACCAGUGUUGCUCCUGCACCGGAGAAAACUAAAAGACCUGAGACGAAAUUAAAACCUCUAACAGUAGCCUCUUCUCAGCCCACCCUCAGCAGCAGUAACAUCAAUGGUUCCGUUGACCACCCUAAGAAUGACAGUGCGUGGGCCCCUCCAGCAAGAGACUAUUUCUGUAAUCGGAAUGCAGGCAGUGCUGCAGCGGAAUUUGGUGAGCCCCUUCCCAAAAGACUGAAGUCCAGUGUGGUUGCUCUUGACCUUGAUCAGCCUGGACCCAACUAUAGAAGAGGCUACGACCUGCCCAAGUACCAUGUUGUCAGAGGUAUCACGUCGCUGUUGCCGCAGGAGUGUGUGUGCCCACCGUCCCCAGUGUUGUCUCCCAAGCCCAGGUUCUUGAGCACCAGUGAGGUCGAGUCUCCAAACGUGCUGACUGUGCAGAAGCCCUACAGUGGCCCCGGGCCACUGUACACGUGCGGACCCGCCGGUAGCCCAGCACCCACCUCGACCCUGGAAGGAAAAAGGCCUGUGUCUUAUCAACACUUAUCUAGCAGCAUGCUACAAAAGAGAAACUAUGAGAAUUUUAUUGGGAAUGCACAUUAUCGAUCAAAUGACAAAAAAACUUGAUUUCCUAUUUUGGGGAAAAAAAGGUCUUGAUGGAUAUAAAUGCAUACCCUCCAUGAAACUAAAUUUUAGUUCAUCCUUUGAGAAGACAAAGGUGAAAGCUACUGAAAUAAGCUGUGAUUGUACUGUACAUAGAACAUAGAAGGAGCACUACAGUUUUGUACAGUUGUUCUGUUAACUUUUGUACCAAAUAGCAAUAAAAACUAGUCGGAACUGUUGGGCUGUACACAGAUGGGGACUGCAAAUCUCUAUUUUGUCCCUGAAUAAUAUUUUUUUUAGAAUUGACCAAAUAAGAAGUGGAAUUCUUGCAUACUUGAGCGCUGCUGAAAAGAAAUCGUUUGGGUCGGGGGUGGGUGGAUGGGAAAAAGUCUAUAAUGCUUGCACCUCAGGUAAAAAUCUGUAAAUAUCUAAGUUGUAAACCUGCUUGUUUUAAUACUGUGUGUAUUCCUUUUCUCUGACGUAGCUCAUCACUUUGAGCAGUUUCUGCUGUUUGUGCUCUUUCAUUUAAAAUGUAUGUUUUAAAAAAAAUUCUCAGUGAUAUGUAUUAUGUUGAAUCCUCCACAAUCUAUCGUCUUAACAAAAUUGUUAACAAAAGUAUUGAUCCUCUGUGAGUAUGUGCUGUGUCUGUUGAGGUCAGCCAUUUUGAAUUUGGUAUCCUUUAACUGCAAAUUUCAGCAUGUCCACUGAGGAAGAUGCUUUCUUCCUCUGGCCUCUCCAGAUUGCCCUGGAACCACCAGGAUCCUUCCUCAGGGGGUGGGAUGGUUUGUAGGAUUUUUAAGUGAGUGUGUCUGUUUCCUCUGUAGAGCAGCCAAAUAUUGGGUAAAUGUACCAAACUGUAUGUGGAGUUAUUUAAAUUUGUUUUCUAUCAAAUUAAUCAUUUUUGUUGGAAAAUUCAGUUUUGGGGGGUGUUUGCCUAAAUUAGUAUAUGCUAAAUUAUACAUGUGAAUUGCAAAUAUUGGGAAAUAAUUUUAAAAGAUAUGAAAGGCUUCUUGGAAAAUUUUAGGUUUGUGUUUGGAAGUCUUGGUGUGUCUGGCAUUUGGGUUAACUGUAGACCCAUUAAAGUUAAUUAUAGACACAUUGAUUCUGAAUAAGGAACUGCUGGCUGAGCCUCCUGGGAGUCGAGGAAGAGAGUCUGUUCUAGACCUCGUUGUCUUCCCAUUUUUGGUUGUUUUGAAGCAGAAGUGUUUUUCUCAGUGCACAUGCAAUUUAGGUUUUAGAGAGGAUAGCCACCCACUGGCUUACUAGAUAUUUUAAAUGUUCGUCCCUUUAAUGUGUUGUCCAUGGCUGAGUGUACUCAGCAGUACGUGGGUUAAGCAACCAGAAAAUAUUUUAUUAAGAAACUGUUUCAAAUAUAAAUUUGCACUGUUAAUUUUUCUGGCCCUAUACUUCUCCACAGAGCAAGGGUAAAUUCCUAAAAGAAUCCUGAUUUUUUUUUUUUUUUUUUUUUUUAAAUAUACAACAUGAGUAUCCUUGAUAGAAGUCUUAACUCCUGUGUUAAAGGGAGACCUAAUUUGAAAUCAGUCUACAGGCAUUGCAAUGAAGUGCUUUGUAUCAGGAAAGUGUACACUAUUUACCGUUUUUCCUGUUCACAAGCUGAGCCAUAUGUACAUAAUCUAGAUUUUGUUUUCAUAGUUUUGCACUUUUAUAGCCUAUUUUUGAAGAUUAACACGUUUGCAAGAUGAUUGAUUCAAUCGCUGCCUAAUCCAAUAAGUGUUACAGAAAGCUUGCUGUGACUAAAUGUAAAUCUUAAAAGGGGACAUGUGAUAAUAGAGGGCUGAGAUUUAAACCUGUAUUUAAAAAAAAAAAAAAAAUCACCAAAUCUAUUUGAAAGCAAGACAAUUUGUGUUAGGCUGAAAUUUGGGGGGCUUUAAGAUUUCUCCUUUCCAAUCACAUUUCUGAAUGCAUAAAAAUAUCAAUUUUUUUUCCACAGCCCUUUGUACUUCAAAAUAUUUUUUUGUCCAUCAGUAUUAACUAUUGGGAUAUACUACUGGUUUUGUAUGAUGUUUUUUUCCUUUGGGACAACAGUACAUUUAAUAUAGAGGUACAAU